CUUAGAGGACGUCAUAUCGCUGCUUUCUUGCGCGUACUACGUCUCCCUUAAUUCCCUAAAGGUUGAAGCAAUAUUGACUUACACCAAGCGAGUACCUUGCAUGCUCGUUAGGUACCUACCUACCUAGGUAUUUUUGUCUGCGUCCGACAUACGCCUCCUAAUCGCGUCACACCGCGCAAAAGCCCGGAUCGUCAACCGAGAUGCCCAGCCUUCUCAAUGCCACUGUCACCGACCUGACAAGGGCACUGAGCGAUGGUCGAGUAUCGUCAGUUGCUCUUACAGCCGCCUACCUAGCGAGGAUCGCCGAGGCCAACGGCUACUUUCAUGCCGUAAUCGAGACAAACCCGGAUGCGAUGUCUAUUGCCAAAGCACUGGACGACGAACAGCGCACAAAGGGCCGUCGUGGGCCACUCCACGGCAUUCCCAUUCUCGUAAAGGACAUCGCUACAACCCUGGACAAGAUGGAGACAACAUCGGGCUCGACCGUCCUACUCGGCACGCGGUGCUCGCAGGAGGCCAGGCUCGUCCAGAGGCUCCGCGACGCCGGAGCUGUGAUACUCGGCAAGACAAACAUGUCGGAAUGGGGAGCGUUCCGGACCAUAUCGGGCGGCGGCGGCUGGAGUGCUCGUGGCGGUCUUACACUCGGCGCCUUUUGUCCGAAUAUGAAAGCGAAUGGCAGCAGCAGUGGUUCCGCUGUUGCCACUGCCCUUGGGCUUGCAGCCGCUUGUGUUGGUUCCGAGACCGACGGGAGCAUCAUCUCCCCCGCGAGCAGAAACGGAGUGGUGGGCUUCAAGCCAACGCUCGGUCUAGUAUCCUCGGAUGGACUCGUGCCGCUGGCGCUCAAGCAGGACGUGCCCGGCCCCAUUACUCGCACAGUUGUCGACACAGCCUAUAUGCUCGACGCCCUUGCUGAGGAACACCCAAGCCGUGAAGGCGUCUCGUAUGUCUCAGCAUUAUCCGGAACGGAUCUAUCGGGACUGAGAAUUGGAGUCCCAUCUUCCAGCCUUCUCCAACCAAGCGAUGCACCGAUGGAGGCAUUCCACGAAGCGCUGCGGUUACUGGAAUCUUCUGGAGCGACUGUCGUCCAUGCUGCAAACUACGCCGGCUCGGACGAGUUUAACAAUAUGUCCAAAGAGAGACAGCUCCUGAUCCUCGCUGGGUCUUUUCAAACCGACAUCAAACAAUACCUUGGCAACCUAAAGACCAACCCCCAUGCCCUUAAGAACCUCGGAGACAUCAUUCGACUCACCAAGCAGGAUACAAGGGAAGAAUACCCCGAGCGUGGCAUCGACCUCUUUGAGUUGGCAUACUCCGUGGACAUGGCCGGCGCCGAUUUUCAGGCUGCUCUCAAACAGAACGAGUAUUUCGCAGUGGACGGCGGCAUUCCCGGCACUCUGAAGGCCAAUCGGUUAGAUCUCAUUGUGGCCCCAGCCAUGUACGGGCCGACCGUCUCGUUUGCCGCGCGUGCUGGUGUGCCGGUAGUUGUAGUCCCUCUCGGCAAAUACCCGGAGGGUACGGACGUCAAGUACUUUAAGAGCGAGCCUGACACGCUUGUUGACGUUGCGCCCGGGAUUUCCUUUGGUAUCACAUUCACGGGCAACCGUUACUCGGAAAGGACGCUGCUGCGUGCCGCAUAUGCUUUCGAGCAGCUGACAAAUGUGCGGGAUACGCUGGAGAUAUACAACCCCCCGAAGGCGGACCUGUCUGAUUUUGGCUUGAUGUGGGAUCCUCUCAGGGGUUCCGAGGUCUAGUUAUUUGUGGUUGGCAAACUCUAACCCGGGAGUUGUGGCCAAGUUACCUAAUAACCUCUGGCCCUACUUAGCUUAGAUUCAUUCGGAAUCCAUGCCACCGGCUCUUACCGGCUUGAAUAGCAUACGGUGGUGUACCUAACCGCCCUCCAAGUUUACUCCAUCGGCAGACCCUCGCCCCCCAAUUCUACCCCUGAGCACAUCCCAAAGACCAGUUCUGCCAACAUGCCAACCCCCACAACCCGGUAAAGCCUACCAGCCAUCAACCCCAUCCCAUCUAAUCACACCCAUCACGGCGACCUCCGCACCUGCACCUUCACAAACCCCUCCUCCCCACCCCCCACCCCCGAGAGUCGCACUUCCGGCGGUAUACCCGACGCCCCAGGCCUCAAAACCCCCCCCGGCAAAGUCGGC